AUGAGGAACCCAACGGAGGGCACGCAAAUGAGUUUGGAGCAGGAGGAAAGCAAGUUGGAGGAAUUCCGCAUAAUGAUGGACGAUUUGGCACGAAAUGUUGAAUGGCUCGCUGUCCUGAUGUAUCUUCGGUCGGCCGUCCUCAAGCGAAAACUCCUAUACCGAAGCUGCAACUUCGGCAUAGGACGUGCACAUCUACGCAAAGAAGAACAGGCUAAACGAAAGCUAACGCUGGAUACUACGGACUGCGCGCAAGACGAGAGUGACGCGUGUGCUUGUCCAACAAGCGAAGAUUGGAUGCAUACUGAAUGCAUCAGCAACGUUUGCAAUGGAGAUGGUACCGAGCUGGAAGGAAAUGAUGUUUAG